UGCUGAUUGCGAAAGGCAGCAGGAGGAUAUUCCUCUGGGACUGAAGCGCCUCCCCUUUAAUCGCUCGGCUGAGUUGUGCCUCUCUCGGAGCUGUCGUCGCUCUCUUCACUCGCACAUUUUUCAGGAGGUAGUCCGGAUGGAUUUCGAUGCGCUCGAGUUUCUGAAAGAAAGGAUUCCGAAAGCUCCUGUUUUCUCAUUCUUCUGAGGUUUAACAGGCUUUACGACAAGGAUUGCAGCCUUUUGUGUGUAGUUUUAAUCGUUAGUGACAUGAAGAAGCGCGGAUUUUUGCAUCCAAAGUGGCCGAGGGACUGAAUUGGCGUGGGGUGUGAGAUGUAAUAGAAGCCUUUGGGUAAAGUCCAGUUGCCAGACGCUCUGCUCCCAUGGUUGAAACAAAAGAAGCCCAUGAAGCCCAGCUGUCUCCGUAGGUUAAUGUCACAUGGAGGCAUGAAAUGGCACACAGGCUGUUGCUCUGUGAUUAGGAGAAGUUUUCUAUCCAGCACCAAGUUUGGAAGCUGAACCGGCAUGGCCAAGUGGCUGAAGGACUACCUGAGCUUUGGCAGGAAGGUGCCUCCACAGCCUCCCACUCCGGACUAUACAGAGAGUGAGAUCCUCAAAGCAUACCGCCUGCAGAGGGACCUCGACUUUGAAGAUCCGUAUGAGGAUGCGGAGAGCAGGUCCAGAGGGGAAUCUGGGACUUUUGACCCCUCCACACCGGUGUACGGAUCUCCCAUGAAAUCUUCCAGUGUGGACAUGAAGUCUCCUAAACACAGGCUGAUCAAAGUGGACUCCCAGGAGUUGGGACGCACCAAGAUUCUUCUCAGCUCCAUCUCUUUGGAAGACCAACCAGAGCCCGUGGUCCCGUCAGCCCCAAUGGCAGGAGACACGGAUUAUUCAGAUCCAUUCGAUGCGCGAUUGGAACAUCGACCGGAUCCAGAUCUUGGUCUUGUCCCUUGCGAGAAUAAUGGCUACAUGGAACCGUAUGAAGCUCAGAGGGUCAUAACAGAACUACAGCGCACCCCCGGAGGAGGCCGAAUGCGUGGAGGGAUGCAGCUUUACGACACUCCAUAUGAAGAUGAGCGAAGACAGCACCUGGGCUACGUCUACGGUGAACUUCACGAGGAGGGCAAGGAGACCAGCAGGCUACCGCAAGAUGACGAGAGACCAGCAGAUGAGUACGACCAGCCCUGGGAAUGGAAAAAGGAUCACAUCUCCAAAGCAUUUGCAGAAAUGAGGGAGUUGACGGAGUUGCCCUGGCCUGCCCCUGUGGGUCAGCUGGAGGAGGAGCCCCCUGUCAGAGAGCAAGCUCAGUUUGACGGUGCAGAGUGGGAUCGCUCGUCGUCGCCCACCGAGCGGAUGCGUCCUGCAGCUCCCAGGUUGAGCCCGCUAGCAGCAGGAGGAGGAGGAAUGAAGUUCCGAACGCCUCAUGAAAGCCCCACCAUGAUGGGGGAGAGAGUAGACCCUACUCUGCCUCUGGAAAAACAGGUAUGGUACCACGGCUCGCUGUCGCGCUCGGAGGCAGAGUCGCUGCUAACGCUGUGUAAAGAGUGCAGCUACUUGGUGAGGAACAGUCAGAACAACCGCUCUGACUUCUCCCUGUCCCUUAGGAGCUGCCAGGGUUUUAUGCACAUGAAGUUCACCCUGUGUAAAGACGGGAAGUACGUGCUGGGACAGAACAGCCCUCCCUUUGACACCAUUCCCGAGGCCGUCCACUUUUACACCACGCAUAAACUCCCGAUACGAGGCGCUGAGCAUCUGUCCCUGCUCUUUCCAGUGCAGGUGCAGACCCUCUGACUGAUUCAGUCCUGUGGACCUGAAUGAUUUCAUUUUGAUCAGAAACAGAAAACAUGAAUGUUCGAGCGAAAAAUCUCAGCGGCGUGAAACUAUUCCAUCUCUUUCUUUUUUUUUUUUUUUUUACUGGAUUACUUUUAGUGUUUCAGCUCAUGUGGGGCUUAUUCUCUCAGCUGUUGCGUCUGUGCCAUGUGCAGAACAUCUUGGGGAUCAAUUCCCAUGAAAUGCAGUACCCGAGCUAUCAGCACCUUUACUGCAGCAACUCUUAUCUGUGUGCUUAACCAAGCGGGUUUACUUCAGGACAUCUUCUACACUUUGUUGCAUUUCUUUCUCAGUCGAGAGAAAUGCGCAGCCGCUGCAAGAAAGCCUGCACAUUGUGAAUGUACUGAUUCUCAAGUUUAUUGAAGAACAUGAGCAGAAGACAUUAUAAAUUAUUACUAUAUAACACUAAACAACCUUACAACCAUAAAACAAAACUGUUUGUGAGAAGUCUUUAAAUUGAAAUCCCCUAAGACAAAAUGAAUAAAUUAGGCUAAAUAAGACAAGAAACCAUGUUUAAAGGGAAAAUCUAUACUGGAAAGAAACCUAUUUUUAAAGACAGACAAUUUUUACUUACACCAGUAAUGGAUCAAUUUUUUUUUUUUUUUUUUAACAAACUCACAACUGUUGAAUUCAGCCCAGCCUAUUUUGUAUGCUGUAAGGGUUGCUUGACACAUGUCAGUGUUAUUUGUUAAUUGUUCAUUGUAUUAAAAAAAAAAAAGUGUUGUUCUGGUACUUGAUAAAACUGAGUUUUACCUCUUGUUGCCUGCACGUUUUGCACUUGUAUUUGUUCAGAGUUACUGCCAUUGUCUUACAACUGACUUGAAAACCAGAUUGCACUACAAACUGAGCUGCAAGCUGCAGAUUAUGAGGCAGAGACUCAGUAUUUACUCGAACUUUAAAAACCUAGAAACAUUGGCAGUGCAUGCAGUCGUUUUCUCACUUCCUACAGAUUUUUGUCUGCCAACUCCGUCACAUGGAUGAAUGUAAGCCGUACUCGAUUCAUGCCGUCUGGAAUGGGUUUAAAUGUCAGCUGUCAAGCUGCAGUAUUUUUAGGUUAAAGCUAGUUUUAGGGGAAAGCAUUUCCACACCACUACAGCUAACACUUUUAUUUAAGUCAUUGUUUCCUAACCCAAAAGUAUCUAAAUUGCAUUGGUUACUCUUUGCCUGUUAAGUUCAAAUGCAGACAAAGCUCAAGUUUGAAACUACUUUCAUUCAUUACAGUGAACAAAAAGUUCUUAUAAAUACCCUGGUUUUGCUUGACAACUCCUAGAUUUUAAACAAUUUUUACUUCACAUCUUAUAGGAAAAUUCACACACACACACACUGUUUGAUUAUGAGAAGGGAUUUUCAUAUAAUUUCUAACAGAUUUGACAAGUUAUGUGAUUGCAACAUGUAGUUGUAUAACUAUGGUCAGAAUGAAAUGAGGCCA